AUGUCUUCCGCGCAGGCCAACAUCCAGAACUACCUUGGGCAGCUCGACAAGGAGCUGUCCAAGUACCCCACCUUGAAUAACCUCGAGAAGCAGGCUGGCGUCCCCAAAGCCUAUGCCGUGCUGGGACUGGCUGCGCUCUACUUCUUCCUGAUUAUCUUCAACCUUGGUGGUCAGCUCCUGACCAACUUUGCCGGCUUCGUCAUCCCUGGCUACUACUCCAUGGCUGCCCUGUUCAGCCCAGGCUCCAGCGACGACACACAGUGGUUGACUUACUGGGUCGUCUUUGCCUUCUUCACCGUUCUGGAGAGCUUCGUGAACAUCAUCUACUGGUUCCCCUUCUACUUCGUCUUCAAGUUCGUCUUCCUUCUGUGGCUGGCGCUCCCUCCCUUCCACGGUGCUCAAAUCAUCUUCCGCUCGUUCCUUGCCCCCACCAUGGGCCGCUAUUUCCAGUCUGGAUCUACUGCUUCGAACCUUCGAUCCAAGGCCGAGGGCUUUACUAAGGACCAGUAA